AUGUAUAAAACUGCCGCGUUCGUUAUUAGCAGUCUAGUAAAUACAAUCGAUAUGUAUUUACUACCACUUAUUCUCCUUUUGGGGUCAGCAAUCAGUGCUGCUUCGUCUCAACAGGUCACGGACACAAUCAUCGAUGAUCGUGCUGAAAGAUACCCUUUACCCAAUGAUGUACAACCUUCCUUCUAUGACCUCAUACUGUACUUUGAUCCAAACAGCCCUGAAAGUUUUAAUGGCGAAGUCACCAUCACAGCCACGGUUGUAAACAAUACAAAUCAAAUAGUUUUACAUGCCAUGGAAAUGUCUAUUGAAGAAAUCCAAGUUACUGUUGUCCCAGCACCACCAGGCGCAAUCGCAGGCGGAAAUUUGUAUUCAAGUUAUUCGCAGGCAGAUGAUGAUACUCACUUGCUGCGGAUUUAUUUGACUCAACAAUUAGUAACUAAUCAAAAUAUAUAUAUUAGAAUCAGAUAUACUGGUCACUAUGCAGCAAAUAUGUUUGGUGCUUACGUGUCAACAUAUGUUGAAAACGGACAGACAGUGAGCCUCGUGACAUCUCAAUUGCAGCCUACAUUUGCCCGUCGGGUCUUCCCAUGCUUUGAUGAGCCAGCUCUCAAGGCUAUCUUCAGGACCACUAUCUAUUCACGUCCAACGCACACCGUAGUGAGGACCAACAUGCCAUAUAGAGCCAAUGAACUAAAACAAAACGUAACAGGAUGGGACAAAUAUGAAUUUGAAGACACUCCAAUAAUGUCAACAUACCUGCAUGGAUUCCUCGUCUCAAAUUUCGAGACCGUUACUAACCAGCAGGAAAUCUUCAAUGUUACCUUCAGCGUCUAUUCAAGGCCAGGAACUCAAGAAAGUGCUGCCUUCGCCAUGCAAUUUGGUCAGGAAAACAUGGCCUCGUUAGUUGAUUACUAUGAUUUUCUGUAUUACCUGCCAAAAUUGGAUAAAGUAGCUGUACCCGAUUUCGCUGCUGGAGCUAUGGAAAACUGGGGUAUAGUUAUCUACAGAGAAAUAGCGCUUCUGGUGACAGACGGUGUAACUACCACGGCAAGCAAACAAAGUGUAGCCAGGCUCAUCACACACGAGAAUGUACACCUUUGGAUUGGAAACGAAGUCACGCCUAUCUCUUGGACUUACCUAUGGCUGAGCGAAGGUUUCGCUACCUUCUUUGACCACUAUGCCAUUGAUAUCAUUCGACCAUCAUGGCGUAUGAGAGAUCAGUUCCUGCUUAUACUACAGAAUGUCUUUCAAGCGGAUGCUGUAAACAGCGUCAAUCCCAUGACAUACCCUGUCUAUACUCCUGCUGAAAUCUUAGGAACUUUCAACGCGGUUGCUUAUCAAAAAUCCGCAUCCGUGAUUCGCAUGUUGCAACACAUUCUUACACCUGAAGUAUUUCAACUCGGAGUCAGAUUGUACAUAAGAGCUAUGUCUCGCAGAGCAGCACAUCCUUCCGACCUAUAUCUUCACUUCCAGAACGCCGUGGCGCAGGCCAAUUAUAGUAUUUCUUACACUGUGGAGGAAAUCUUGGCGCCGUGGGUUAACCAAGGCGGGUUCCCUGUACUCACGAUUGAACGAAGCGCAAGCACUGCAAAUUCUGUUGUCGUAUCUCAGGAACGUUACCUUACUGCUAGGGCGAAUUCUACAGAGCGUUGGCUUGUUCCCGUCAACUGGGUACUAUCCUCAUCCCCUGACUUUAGUGACACUAAACCUAUGGCCUGGAUACAAUCUCCAUUACCUGCUCGAUCAAUUGACAUUCCCGAACUUUCUUCAGCUGAGUGGUUCAUCUUCAAUAAACAACAGACUGGAUACUAUAGGGUGAAUUACGAUGUACAAAACUGGAUAGCGAUUGCAGGAGCACUUCAUACAAAUCAUGAGGUCAUUCAUGUUCUUAACCGAGCAAAUCUUCUGGACGAUGCCUUCAACUUAGCCAGAAAUGGUCGUUUGAACUACAACGUUGCUUUUAAUCUGUCUCGUUACCUGAUUCAAGAGAAAGAUUACAUUCCAUGGGGUGCUGUCAAUCCUUCCUUCACUUAUCUUGAGGUGGCACUUAGUGCUUCCAACGCAUACCCAGCGUUCCAGAAUUAUCUGCUUAAUUUGACUGCACCUUUAUACCAAGAACUUGGCUUUGACGCAUCUGCGACUGAAGACCACGUGACGGCUUUCCACAGGAACAUCAUCUUAAACAUUAACUGUCGUCACGGCAAUACCGACUGUGUUAACACAGCCACGCAACUACUGGAAGAUUUGAGGCAAAACCGAACUCAGCAUCUGAACCCUGAUAUCCAGAUCCUUGUCUAUUGUUCUGCUCUCCGUGGAGGUAGUGAAGAGAAUUUUAAUUUCCUCUGGGACUUGUACCUCAGAUCAACUGAUUCUGGCGAGCAGUCUAUCUUACUAAAUGCACUGGGAUGUACUUCCAAUGCGGAACGGCGUACUUUCUACCUGAACCAAGUAAUUGCCACCAAUUCCCAAGUGAGAGAACAAGACAGACAUACAAUUGUCGUCUCGGUCAUCAAUUCGAGUCCUGAAUCCUUGGAUGCGGCUUUGGACUUUAUUCAUGAAAACUUCCAUCUCAUCCAACCAAGAGUUCAAGGUCUAACUGGCACUACCAAUAUUCUGAAUGCUUUGGGCAGAAGGCUCACAUCUGAAGAUCAUUUGACGAGGUUGACACAGCUUGUCAGCCGUCAUCAAUCAGUAUUCACCGCGGGUGAAUGGGCCGCGCUUGCUGGAGUUCAAGAAAACAUUGCUGCAUCGAUUACAUGGACUACUGAAAACGAGGCCAGCGUAGAAGCCUGGCUUAAUGAGAAUUACGGCAGUGGCGCAGCAGCAAUCACUUCCGGGAGAGCUAUAAUUGAUGUGACAAUAACAGAAAUAGACACAAGAGACCAACCGAUAAGAUUACAUCGAAGAAACUUAGAAAUUGACUCCAUAACUUUUACACUUGGAGGAACAAGCGUCUUUGAUGCUCGUUUCGAAGACGGCGAGGAAGACGAUAUUUUGAUUAUUUUUACUGACCAAAUUUCAUUGACAUACACAUUCUAUAUUGAGUACAGAGGAUCCCUUGCAAUGGCGGGAAGAGCCUUCUACGUGGGACAUCACGGUGACAUCUCGUACUUGGCAAUGAAUUUACAUCCGACCUAUGCAAGACAAGUAUUCCCCUGCAUGGAUGAGCCCACAGAACAAGCGGUGAUAAAGUUUACAUACAAUAAUGUGGAAUUUAAUACAUUGUUGUCCAAUUCUCAGUUGGAGGAAGGCACCACAAAUGAAUUCCGCGCUAUCGAGGGUCCAGCUCACGGUUGGGGUAUGAUAGCCCACAAUUUCUUAAACAUCAACUUACCCACUGCUAACGUUCUUUUGCACGCACGACCUGGUUUACAAACCCAAGAUGCACAGGCUUCAGUGGCUAUCAACUCUUACUUCAAUAAUUUGCAAGAAUGGACCGACAAAGAUUAUUUCACCAUCCAUUUAGAUCAAGAUGGAAGACUGAAUAUUGUCGCAUUACCUGAUGUAUCUACCAAUUGGCAUUCUCUUUCUGUUAUUGGAAUUUGGGAGCCUCACUUAUUAAUGGAAGCACAACACUCAAUCAAGCAAAGGAAGACAGCUUUCUACGAAAUAGCGAAUGCGAUAGCAAAACAGUGGUUUGGAUAUGUAAUUCACCCCGAGAAUUGGCGUUUUGAGUGGGUCGUUUCUGGUCUAGCUUCUUACGCGGCUUAUGAAAUGAUGAGAUUGUUCCAAACAAACGAUUUGAUUGAAGAUGUUACUCUCUUAGACGUCAAUACGUUGUUUGUGACUGAUGUCAUCCAAGAGAGUCUGCUUCGUGAUGCUUAUGUGGGCACUGAGCCUUUGGAGGCAAGCGGAGACUUGUUUAAUGAAAAUGAUAUCAGAGACCACGUUAACGGCCUGCUUAAACUAAAGGCUCCAGCGCUACUAAGAAUGAUGCGAAUUGUGCUAGGUGACCCAGAUCAGGAUUUCAUACAAACUGCAGCUAGAUCAUUGCUGAAUCGAAGAGCAAUGGAUACGGUCCAUUCUUUGCAUUUGGUGGAUGCAAUCAACAGCGAUUGGCUAGCAGACGGCAAUCAUGAUAUGAUAGAUAAUGUUCAUGAUUUUCUAGGCCAAUGGAAAGAUAUCGCGGGCUAUCCUCUUUUGCAUGCUAGCGUAAGACAGGGAGGAGUUCUAGUAACACAGGAACAUUUUAGUUUUGGAACGCAGCAGGUACGGAACUUCCCAAUACCCAUAACAUUUACCACUAGUGUUGUUCCAAAUUUCUUAAAUUAUCACCCGUCAAUGGUGAUUGAUGGCAGUUUCACGAUUCCUGUUAUUGUAGGACCAGAAGAUUGGAUAUUGUUUAAUAUUCAGGGUCAAGGUUACUAUCGUGUUAACUAUGACGAUAUACUUUGGGAAAGAAUUAUUGAAACUCUUGAAGACCCAGAGACGAGAGAAAUAAUACAUCCACUAAAUCGUGCUACUCUCGUCGACGACGCCCUGAACCUAGCAAGAGCAGGAAAACUACAUUACGACAUUGCAUUCAGAGUUGUUCUCACAAUGGAGCAUGAAACAGAAUACGCUGUCUGGAAAGCUUUCGUCAGAAAUAUGGAGUUUUUGAGAAAACGUCUUCUACCCUAUGUUGCUGUAAAUGAAUUAUAUCCUGACAUUUAUCUACGAAUGGUGCGCAGAACUAUUCAUGCGGUUGAAGAAGAAUUAGGAUUUGAACCAGAGUUAAAUUUGCUCGAGCCAGCUAUGCAUACACUAACUAGAGGUUUAGUGAUGGAACAUGCUUGUAAGGCCAAUUAUGACCCAUGUAUUGCUGCAGCAGUAGAGUUGUUUUGGGAUCAAAACAAUGGUGAAAUUGUUAAUCCUAAUAUUCCACAUGAGAUAAGACCAGCUGUGUACUGCACCAUGGUUAGAGAAGGCGAAGAGGAUAUUAUUGAAGCUUUGGAGGAAAGACUUAACCUUGAAAACACACUUUACGAGAGACUAGUUAUUUUAGAAUCGUGGGCUUGCUCACAAGAUGGAGAUUUUAUCAUGUCGCUUUUAGAAGAAACCAUAUCGGGAAAUACUUAUAGUGUUGAAGAACGUAGUAAAAUCUUCGCUGCUGUAGCGGAGAGCAGUUACGACAAUGCUAUGAUUGCUCUUAAUUUUAUGUCUGCGAAUGCCGAGCAGAUAAUUGAGAUGUAUGGUGGACUUGAAAGGUUUGAAGCGCUCAUAUCAGUUUUAGCUGAUAACAUGGCCGAUAAUGAUGCAGCCUCACAAUUCCAAAUUUGGAGAAACGCCCAGGACAACAAUCUGGGUAACUCAGCAAAUGUAGCACAACGAGCUAUCCUUACAAUUUUCCAAAACUUAAAUUGGAACGAGGCCAACAUUGAGGAAGUCUACGAAUGGAUAGAUGAGAAUGAUGCCUCAACGAUUGUAUUAUCUUUUGCAGCAUUUUGCAUCUCAGUAAUGGUCACAUUAUUGAAUCAUUAA